AUGGCGGACGCGGGCCGGGAAGAACCGGCGGACACCGGGACAUCGAGCCCGCUGGUGGCCAGGAAAAGGGUCGCGAAGCCCCGGGAGAACCGGCCUCUGGACACCCGGUCCCCGGAGCACCGGAUCCGGGGGCACCGGCCCCUGGACCGGUCCUAUAAAGCCGGUUUCCCGGAGCACCGGCCCCUGGAAAACCGGUCCUUAGACACCCGGUCCCUGGACCCCCAGAUCCUGGACCCCAAGUCCCUGGAUACCCGGUCCCUAGACCCCCAGAUCCUGGACCCCAAGUCCUUGGAUACCAAGUCCCUAGACACCCGGUCCUUAGACACCCACCCCCUGGAUACCCGGUCCCAUAAAACCCGGUCCCUGGACCCUAAGUCCCCGGACUCCUGGCCCCUGGAUACCAAGUCCCUGGAUACCAAGUCCCUGGACUCCAAAUCCCCAGACCCCCGGUCCCAUAAAACCCGAUCCCCAGACUCCUGGUCCCUAGAUACCAAGUCCCAUGAAACCAGGUCCCUAGACUCCCGGUCCCUAGAUACCAAGUCCCUGGAUACCCGGUCCCUAGAUACCAAGUCCCUAGAUACCAAGUCCCUGGAUACCCGGCCCCUGGACCCCGGGUCCCCGGCCUCCCGGCCCCCGUACCGGGGCUGGGCCCCGGGCCACAGCUUCCGGAGGGUGACCCUGACCAAGCCCACCUUCUGCCACAGCUGUAAUUUGGGACCAGAUGUGGGACCAGCUAAGGGACCAGAUUUGGGACCAGAUGUGGGACCAGCUAAGGGACCAGAUUUGGGACCAGAUGUGGGACCAGCUAAGGGACCAGAUUUGGGACCAGAUGUGGGACCAGCUGUCUCUUUGAGGCUGUUUUGUCUGAGGGACCAGAUGUUGGACCAUCUAAUGGACCAGAUGUUGGACCAGAUGUGGGACCAGAUGUGGGACCAGAUGUGGGACCAGAUGUGGGACUCACCUGGACCAGAGUCGGGGUCAUGCAGCUGCAGACCGUCCGCAGAGUCUUCAGACACUUCUCGUGACACAUGA